AUGCCAAAAUACGAGACCAGGAUCAAAGCUACUUACUAUGUAAGCUGCGUUUGUCUUUACGUCCUCGCCCGAUAUUUCGGGCUUGUGACGAACAAUCCAUCGUCACUUAUCGGUACCAUCUUUGUGUCCUGGUCAUCUUCCUUGCCUUUUGCUAUUUGUGUCACGACCCUUCUAAGAAGGAACCACAGCGCCUUCAACGACAUUCCUGGCCCACAGUCUGCCAAUUGGCUCUACGACCACGUGUUCGAUAUCUUUGACGAGCCUCUAGCGAACGCAGUGACUCAUUGGAUCAAUGAGAGACCCUAUCCGCAUGGACUGAUGCAUUUCUUCGGCUUAUUUGGCUCCGAGUACAUAGUUCCUACAGACCAGGAUGGACUUGUCGAAGUACUCGCGACUCAUUCAUACGACUACGAAAAAUCACGUGCCUUCCGGCGAUACGCAAAUCGGUUUUUUGGAGAUAACCUCGUUUCACAGGAACAGGAGAUACACAAGGCAAACCGGAAAACCUUCCUGCCUGUCCUCAAUCAAACGAACAUACACGUCAUUCAUCCACUCUUGACCGCCAAGUCGAGGCAGUUUAAUGAGUAUAUCUCUUCAUUAUCAGAUAACGUCGCAGAAAGUGACACGCAAAAAGCUGCCGUGGUUUGCAUUACAGACGCUGUAUUCAGAGCCACAAUGGACACUGCAGGUAUAGUUGCACUGGGAAUUGAUCUGGAGACGAUUAAGGGCAAAAACAUCCCCCUGUUCAAGGCAAUGAAAACGUUGUUUACUAGCAAUCGUGAGAAGAAGAAACGGUUUAUCCUACAUAACUUACUGCCACACUGGAUAGACAGGUUGAUUCCUUCCGACGAGGAAGGAGAAAUGGAUACCGCAAAAUCUGUCAUUUUUACUGGCAUCCGUUCGAUGGUGCAAAUAAGAUUGGAGGAGACAGAUAGAAAGGAUGACCACCUUACUUACUUGUCCAACGUUCUACAAUUUGGGUCCCUCGAGAAGAACGAAUACAUAGGACAGAUAAACGCCAUCCUUGCUGCUGGUUUCGAAAGCUCGGGCGGCUCUCUCUCCUUUGUGAUCUACUGUCUUGCAGCCAAUCAAGAUGCCCAGCAAUUAGUACGCAAGGAAGUACUGCAAAGGAAAGGUGAAAAGGUGACCCUUGAUGAAGACGAAUAUGACCGUCUUCCUAUCUUGAACGCAAUGGUCAUGGAGUCACUGCGCCUUUUUCCCUCUUUUGGACUCCUCCUUCGCAAAGCCAUUCGCGACACUACCAUCAAGGGACGUCAUAUUCCCCGUGGAACGAACAUCGCAAUCUGUCCGAAGGCUAUAAACUCUGCUCGUCAUAUUUGGGGAGAUGAUGCCGAGAAGUUCAAUUUGGAACGGUGGAUUGAUCGGUCCGAUCCGGAGAAUCCCAAGCAGGUGCCCACAGGAGGCGCUCCAAGUACUAACUGCUUGCUUUCCUUCGGAUAUGGAACACGAAGUUGUGUUGGGAGACACUUGGCUAUGGCGCAAAUCAAACGGCAAAUAGCGCUGAUUGUUGAGCGCUUCCAUGUGGAGACUGAAGAUGAUAAGUUUCCACACCCUUCGGGAUUGUUUGCCACAACACCACCACCGGACUUGCGUCUUCGAUUCACCGAAUUGAACUGA